AUGACAGCGCAGCCAGCCAAACGACCCCGCUGGCAAAUCUACCGCGACCGCGCCAUCGCCAACAAGCGGCAACGCACCGUAUCGAAAGAAGACCGCGGUCUCGACCCGACACGGCCGGACCCGAGCCGUCCACGUCUUUUCGCUGGACCGCAGGAGGAGGAGGAUCAGAAGAGGGCGAUACUGAGCGGACCGUUCCACCAAGACGAGCGUGGCCGUCGCAAGGUCUACGCCGUCUUCUCCAAUCAGGGAACCGCUCAGGAUGCCCUGUUUGACCGGAGGGAGGCGGCGGAGAGAUGGGCCGAGGACCGUCCGGGGGCGAGGAUGAGGAUCUUCUGGGACGACAGCAAGGCCCGCGAAUGGAUCGCCUCCUUGGCUCACAGCGCUGCGACUGGUGAUGCUGCCGCGUGCGAUUGCGACGACAGAGGCUCGCCGAUGCCGGAGAUUAAGCUCGCCGCCCUCGACACACCGCCCUACCGCGUCGAGACGGCCAUCCUGGGGCUCAAGGCUGAGGACAAGCCCGACGCCGAGUGGAAGGACGGCCUCGCUGCCCUUGCAGACCCUCACAAGGCGCUCGCCCCAGCCAAGGUCGGACGGCCGCCGCGUCCAGAGACCGAGAAGGUCAAGCCGCCCCCCAAGAUCCAGCUCUCCGCCGAGCAAGAAGAGGCGAAACGGCUUGCGGUGCUGGGCGGCUCCUCGCUCUUCAUCACCGGCGGCGCAGGUACCGGCAAGUCGGUCCUGAUCCGCGAGAUUGUCAAGGCGUUCCAGGCAAAGGACUACGAGAUCGCCGUCACGGCGACGACGGGCAUCGCAGGCCUCAACAUCCAGGGAUCCACGAUCCACAGCUGGGCGGGCAUCGGCCUCGGCAACGGUACGCCUCGGAUGCUGGCGGAAAAGAUCUCGAGCAAGCGCGACCUCGUGUGGCGGUGGAGGCGGGUCGAGGUGCUGGUCAUCGACGAGGUGUCGAUGCUCGACGCGCUGCUCUUCGACAAGCUCGAGGCGGUGGCCAGGGCGGUCCGCAAGGACCCGCGACCGUUCGGAGGCAUCCAGCUGAUCCUCUGCGGCGACUUCUUCCAGCUGCCGCCCGUCGUCGUCGAGACGAGGAGCAACGGCCACCUCGACCCCGAGCUCGAGCAGAAGAAGGCGUACCUGCUCAAGCGGGGCUCGUACCGAUCCAACUUUGUGUUUGACGCUCUCUCGUGGUCGAACUGCGUACCGCGCACGAUCGCCCUCAAGCGCGUGUUCCGGCAGACGGAGAAGGACCUUGUCCACCACCUCGACUGCCUGCGCCGAGGCCGCACCGACCCGGACAUCGUCCGCUUCUUGACCGCGCUUGAUCGGCCGAUCGACUGCUCCGACGGCAUCAUGCCGACCGAGCUCUUUUCGAAGAAGAAGGAGGUCGAGGCUGCCAACGUCGCCCGGUUGCAGGCGCUGCACGGCUUCCCCUACUCCUUCAAGGCCGACGAUGUCGUCAAUCCGGCCUGCCUCGAAAGGAUCGCGGAGGCCGAACGCAGCCGAUUCGCCGGCAUCUACCUGAGCGAGCUCAAGAGGAGCACGAUUGCGCCGGACUGGAUCGAGCUGAGGGCCGGCGCGCAGGUCAUGCUCACCAAGAACUUGACCAACGGCCUGGUCAACGGCAGCGUCGGCGUGAUCGUCGCCUUUGCGUCGUUGGACGACCACGAGGUGGCCCGGGACCACAACGGCAACCUCUGGUUCCGCCGCGAGGGCCACAAGGGCCGCGUCCAGAUCGCCCAGAGCGCUGUGGGCUCCAAGAACCGCGCCGUCACCGACUUUGCCGCCAAAGUCGACUGCAAGCCCAAGGCGAAGGAGCCCGACGCCAGCGCACUGCCCCUGUUUGCGGCGCGCGUCAAGGAGGUUUCGGACGACUCGCUGCGGAGCUCCCGCAAGUGGCCCGUCGUCCGCUUCUCAAAGGGCCUGGCCAGGGACGAGUCGAUCGAGAUGCUGGUCCCAUCGAUGCCCUUUGACUUUGAGUCGGCUGUGUCUGGGAAGACGGUCGCGACGCGUAAGCAGGUGCCACUGAUCCUGGCUUGGGCCGUGUCGAUACACAAAGGCCAAGGACAGACGCUGCCGCGAGUCAAGGUCAAUCUCGGCAGCGUGUUCGAGAGCGGUCAAGCCUAUGUGGCGCUUUCGCGAGCGACGUGCGUCGAAGGACUGCAGGUGCUCAACUUCAGCGCAGAGAAAAUCUUCGCCGAGGAGCGGGUCAUCGAGUGGUAUCGGGAGCUGGAGGAGGAGCAGGGGCGCAACAAGCGCGAAGGGAGUGGGUCAGAAGAGCAAGAGUCAGAGCCGACAACAUCGAAGGUCGAAGCAGAGGCAGGGGCGGUGGCGAAGCCAGGGGCCGACGAGGAGGUGGUCGAGAUCAAGAAGGAAGAUUUCUACACGGCCGCCGCGCCGCACGAGCAGGCGCCCGAGGUCAUUGUCAUCCCGGAUAGCCAGCCGAUGCAGGCGAUUCAGUGCUGCUAG